GCAACAUUGGUUUUGAUUUGAGUUGAAACAAAAACCUUGAACCAAAACACUGAAUUAGAAAAACAAAUGUAACAAAAAAGCAUUUUCUACCUACAUUGAAAAUGCUGCAUGGCUUCGCUAUUCUUUUUCGCCUCUGGCUGCCGCUUCGUCUAACUUGCGCUGGCUCCUCAAGUGUAGGAUCUGGUCAUCUGGAAAACUUUUUUUCUUCCAUGAGAUCUUCAAUAAAAAUCUAUGCUUUCGCGAUAACUACUAAGUGCAAUUUCGGAGCCCAAUAACCUUUCCAAGUAAUCGCUGAUGGGCCAUGCCAGAAAAAUUCCAGGAAUGUCAAGAACGGAUGCAGAUUCUAGAAGAUGCUGAGAAAAUCCCGCUGCUAGAUGAUACCUCUAACGAAAAGUGCACCCAGAGGUCAAUAAGAUUGGGACGAGUGAGAGUGGUGUUCGACUUCAGCCUGCCAAUCCAGUUCUCCUAUCCACCGGCGAACCUGGCUUCAAUCCAGCUGCCGGACCUUGAUGAACGUAUAUCUGUGUCAUACCCUUGCGAAGUGUUCUUCGCUGUGGCCAAUUGCCAGCGAGAGGAGAAAGUGAAUGCGGAAUAUCGUAUUUCUGUGAACAGGCAACUCGGAUAUAUGAGAUACUACUAUUUCGCAGAUGUACCUGACGUUGAUUACAAGUUGAAACCAACUCUGGUGGUUCUGCUGUUGGCGACUGUGUGCCGAUUGUUCAUCAAAUAGAACAUAAUCAAUGCUUUUGUCGUAAUGAAUAUCUAUCGCGCUUUCUAUCUUAAAUUUUCAUGAUUUUUCAAAGUUUGAUAUUAAAUGAAACUAACACAUUUUAUGCGCAAUUUUUCAGUAUUGUGACUGGAUAAAAAGUUUUUGAUCGCUUUGAAAUAGCUGAAGAAUAUCUAGCAUUAUUGCCUCCAGCAACUUUCGAUUUCAUUUGAUCUUAUUUUAAAAUAAAUGACCAAUCAUUCGGUCGAUAGUUUUUUUUAGCAUAAUAGUCAAAUGAAACUAUCAUUGGC